AGCCCACAGACACAGCGUCCACAGGGGUCCGGGGAAAACUCCAAGCAGAUGCCCCAACCCGCUCCACCCUCACUUCCACCGAACCUGCCUUCACCUCCCCCCCCUUCGAGGCCCAGGCUAGUCUUCCACACCCAGCUGGCCCACGGCAGCCCCACAGGCCGGAUCCAGGGCUUUACCAACGUCAAGGAGCUGUACACGAAGAUCGCGGAGGUUUUUGACAUCUCUCCCUCAGAGAUUCUCUUUUGCACCCUGAAUUCCCACAAAGUGGACAUGCAGAAGCUUCUUGGGGGGCAGAUUGGCCUGGAGGACUUCAUCUUCGCUCAUGUGAGAGGGGAGACCAAAGAGGUGGAGGUGACAAAGACAGAGGAUGCUCUUGGGCUGACGAUUACUGAUAAUGGAACAGGAUAUGCUUUCAUCAAGAGGAUAAAGGAAGGCAGUACCAUUGACCACCUGAAGUCAGUGUGUGUUGGGGAUCACAUUGAGGCCAUCAACGACCAGAGCAUCGUGGGCUGCCGGCACUAUGAAGUGGCCAAGAUGCUGAAGGAGCUCCCCAGAGGAGCACCUUUCACGCUGAGACUGGUAGAGCCCAAGAAAGCAUUUGACAUGAUCGCACAGAGGACCAAGUCAGCCAAGUCCUGUGGCGAAGGGAAGGUGGGAAGUGGCAGAGAAACUCUGCGUUUGAGAUCGAAGGGAUCUGCGUCUGUGCAGGAAGCACCAAACGAAUUCGAAGAAAGAGCAACAAAGAAGGUGGACGAUCUCCUGGAAAGUUACAUGGGGAUCCGGGAUCUUGAAUUGGCGGCAACGAUUGUAGAAGCUGGGAAAGACAAACAGAACCCGGAUGACUUUGCAGAAGCUCUGGAUUCGGUCCUGGGUGACUUUGCCUUCCCAGAUGUAUUCCUUUUCGACGUGUGGGGGGCCAUAGGAGAUGUGAAGAAUGGCCGAGUGUAGCAGCGUUGGACAUGCAGUUUAUGGACACCCCUACAGUAAAUCCAAUUUUCCAUCAGGAUCCCCUGACUGUGUGGCCUCUAGCAAUGGAAUCCCAUUCCUCACUGAUGCUAAUAUUCGCAUUUGAGCUGCAACCUUGAUAAGUAUCCCUGUUCCUUUACUUAUUUUAAUACAGACCUGAAUGAAUAACCUGUUUUAAGCACCUUAUUGUUAGUAAAAAUCAAUCAGUUUAAAAUAAGGCUUAAAUAAAACAAAACAAAACAUAUCCAGCAGUAGCAAAACAGAAUUUCCACUGUUCGAUAGUGGCGGUCUGCGCAAAAGCAUCAAAAGAGACUUAUCACUCCAUUUAUGCUAGUAUAGUUUUAGAAAAAUGAGGUAUUCAGAAAUAAUAGAAUUUAAUUAAAUAGUUUUAAUAGUUUUCCUUGUCAUUUUGAUUAAUUGAUCAUUCAUGACUAACCAUGAUACACUUGAGUGACUUUGACAGUUACUUCAGUACUAAAGUGCUUGUUAGUGAGAGAGCACAGAUGAUGAGGAGACUGCUUGAAUGUCAAGCAAGAUGAAGGCAGAAGGAAAAGAAUCAAUGGGCCCUGCUUAUAAAGAGAACAACACCUUUGUGCCGUAGGUAUAUUUGAGUAACACCUGAGGUGGACUUGUGAGCAGUGGAGUCAAGUCCUGCAGCAAUGAAUGAAGGUUAUGAGUAGAGUCCUCAGAGAGUGCACCAUCUCAGUGGUGUAGAUAUGUAGAGUGAUAUGCUAGCUUAUUGUUUUGUACAACAGAUCAGUUGUGAUGCCCUGGACAGAAGCACUUACUCACCCUAGAACUCCACUUGUAGUGAUUGAUGGCAACCUGACUACACAAACUACAGGGUUGAUGUGUUGUUUUAAUACAGACUGUAUUUAAGAUUUUUUUGUAAAGAAAUUGUCUCCAGAAGGAGAGAGGAUAAAGUGAAAGGGAUGGGGUAAAAGGGACAUGUUUUGUCUUUUGCAUCACUCUAGCAUGGGAAGCAAGGAUUUCUCCAGAUUAAUGGGAAAAGCAGGGGCAGUUUAUCCCACACAUCAUACGAAAAUACUAAAAGCAACAAAACCUGCCAAACUAAAUCAGAAACCCUCAAACAAACAUACUCUUGAACCCAGGAGAAAACCUAAAUGAUGGGAAAAUCUCCAGUCCCAUGUUCAGUUAUGUGAUACAUAUAUGGCAGAAAAAAA